GCAUUCUCUGCUUCAUCCCCAUCAGCCUUUAUCAUACGUUGGCGAAUGUUGCAAAAUUUACUGUUUUUAUUUUAUAUUAUAUCCAAAUACCCCGCUUUCUGGUGCUCACUUCCCAGCAGUAGCAGAUGGAGGAGAGGAGGCAGCGGUGUAUUGGAUGCUUUGCUCAAUUUGUGUCAACGAGUUCUUGUCGGUUCUAUGAUGCGCAGAAUCCCCUCCGCCUACGUGUCCGAUGAACGACAAAAAAUAAUCUUCAACCUGUGAGCUAUCAAUCUGCCUAAUCCCGCUCGAUUGAUUUCAUUUAGUAGCCAAACAAAACGCUUGAUAACGUAUCCAACGCAACAGAACCGAUCCAGGUGUGGGCGCAGAACAAUACUGAAGUGAUGACGGACAAGUGAAUAGCCGUGCAUUCGUGAAAGAUUACCACAUCUAGUUAUAUAACGUAUGGUUCAUUAUGUUGAUAAGUCACAGAUACUGAACUGAGCUGAAACAGUGGCUGGAGUGGAAACAAAAUCAUGCGGACAUUGACACAAAACGGAACCUCUCGGACAAUAACAAAAGCAACCGCUGAGACGAUGGCCGUCGCUCGCACCGAAUCGGGAAUAAAUGGACGCCCAACAAAUCCGACCGGGUCAACUAGUCCACUUCCGCUGAUGAGUUGGCGAGAGUUUGCUUGCGGUUGGGGAGCUGCCUUCGUCAACAUUGCCGUUACCUAUCCAAUCUACAAGAUGAUUUUCCGGCAGAUGUUGCACGGAGUGCAGCUACAUCAGGCUUUCGGUCAACUGCGCAGCGAAGGAAUCACCUAUCUGUACCGGGGGAUCUUCCCACCGUUGGCGCAACGAACCAUUUCCCUAUCGCUGAUGUUUGGCGUGUACGAUGGUACACGCCGGCCACUAGUGGAUUACUGUGGGAUGAAUCAGUACACGGCUAAAUCGAUAGCAGGUUGCAUUGCGGGCUCGGUGGAGGCGAUUUUGAUACCGUUCGAGCGGAUUCAGACGCUACUGGCGGACGCAAAUUAUCAUCAAAAGUACAAGAAUACUCAUCAUGCUUUUCGCUUAAUCUCCAUCGAGUAUGGUUUCAAGGAGCUGUACCGGGGACUGGUACCGAUCCUGUGGCGUAACGGACCAUCCAAUGCAAUGUUUUUCGUGAUGCGCGAGGAAGCUGAUCAGCGACUACCGAAACGUUCAACGCUAGUGACGCAACGGACGCAGGAAUUUGUUGCCGGUGCCUGUAUCGGUGCAUUUAUCAGCUCGGUGUUCUACCCGCUUAACGUGAUAAAAGUGACAAUGCAGAGUCGCGUGGGAACUCCUUACGAUGGUAUGCUGGUGGCACUGCGGCAGGUUUAUAACGAACGUGACCGCAAGCUACGGAACGUGUACAAAGGGGUCAGCAUGAACUGUACCCGGGCUUUCUUCAGCUGGGGCAUCAUGAACUGUGCCUACGAGCAGCUGAAAAAGGUGCUUUAUUGAGCAGUGGCGCGUAAGUUGCGGAGGCUCUGUGUUUUUACUUUACAAUAAUUGUACAGCAGCGAGAUCCAGUAAAAGAAACCAAAAGCGUCGAAUCGUGGCGACAAUAAGAACAAUCGGACGUUCUUCGUGCCAGUACGAAGGCGGACAAACGAAUGUGAUGUACAUAGUCCUUAGAUAAGAUACAGGUAGAGAAAAAGAAGAAACAAUUAGAUUCAGAUGUAAUUUUAAGUUGUUUAGAUGAGGAUAGAAGCCAUAGCGAUUUCUACUGUUCACAUUGUUGUCUAGGAUGUAUAUUCUCUCCCGUUUUAUUGGAGCUGUAAAUGAAUGUAUGUAAAGUUCAUCUUUUGCAGGGCAAUUAAUAGGUUUUCACUCGCUAUAAUGCUGGUCGGCCAGAAUCAAGUGACAAUUCGUUAUUUGCGAUCAUCAAAUGGCCCACUCAAAUAGUUCAAGUGUUGCAUGUUGCAAAAAUAAUGUUUUGCCAAAUAAAGUAGUACUUGUUUAUUAUGACAAGUAAUAUGAAUAAUAAUUGUCAAUAAUUUUACUAAUUUUAAACUUGCUCAUGUGUAAGCUGAGCUGAUUAAGCAACAAUGCUUUUCGUUUGCUUGGCAUCUUAGAUAGCGUUUCAGCGUUAGAGCUUUGCGAUUUUGUCCUCGUUUUUAACUGUCGCUUAGUCCACUCUUAGGGUGCUUACAGAGUGGCGGCGAGAAGCUGAGCUGGCGCUGGAACUGACAUUAGAAUGCGAGAUG